AAAGCUUUGAAAUAAAAACCUUGAAAAGAAUUUUAAUAUUAAAUAUUCUUACUAUUACUAUUAUCUACAAAUUCUAUAUAUUUGUUACAUUUCAUUCUCAGCUUGGCUAAAUUUUUGGAUAAUAUUUUUAAAGUAUCAACUCCCGAAGUUUCAAUGAUCGGCAGUAAAGUUAUCUUAACGUACAAGAGGAAGCGGCUAUCUUCAGGACCUGGCUUUCAGAUUGAUGAUGAGUGCCCUGAUCAAUCUCCCAAAUGUCAAAGUUUGGAGGUAUCAAACAUUCCAGUCAAGGAAGAAGAAGAUACGUCGCUUAAUUCUGAGAGAAGAGAUCAUGAGAUAUUGAAGUGCGAUGAAUAUCGUGGUGAUAUUAAUAUAGUGCAGUGUGAACACUGCCAUAUUUCUGACAAUGUUCGAGUCCAACCUUCUUACGAUGAACAUCCCGAGGGUAACAAGAUAUGCUCUAACUGUGCCAAACAGCUACCCAAAGUAUCUACAUUAGAAGCAGUUGGCAACUCAUGUGAAGGCACAAUGGAAGUCAACAAACCAGGCUUCCCAUUGAUAACAUUCAGUCGCAGAUCGAGAAACAAGAAAACUAUGAAUGGGAAUGCUAUGCAGGACAGGUCCAUUGUUCCCGAGAAGUUAGAUUUAGUAGCAGAAAAAGGAAGUAAUUUCGCAAUGGAUGAUUGUUGUAUUCUGGAUCUUCCGAAAGAUUUAACAGCAAAUGAUCCCAAUCCAAGUUACUGCGGUACAAGUCAAGAAAAGAAUACUAGUGAAGAUGGCGAUCUUUGUGAUGUUCAUUCACCAUAUGAAUCUACAAUUAAGAUCAGGGAGAAACCAACUGGCGAAGCGUUGAUGACUAAUAGAGACAUUUUAAAGGACACCCCAUCUGUAAUUGAACCAGCAACAGAAGCUGCAAUAACUGAUGUGGCAAUUCUUAAGGAUAAAGAAGCGGAAGCAUCAGAGUGCCAUGUUUCUGCAGUAGAUGAAUCACAGAUCAUAUCAGGUGAUGAUCUAGAAAGUGCUAAAAUUGUCGCCGACAAGCAACAAGAUGGAGGGUCACCAGUUUCCUUUGAUUUAUCGAAGCCUCCACCCGAAUCAAGUGAUUUGAUGAAUUGCACCGUAAAACUGGAAUCAAGUUCUAAUGUACAACCCGAUCAGAAUGUAUCUGAAAUGCAUAGAGAUUCAGCCGACUCUACUAGUAGAAGUCAUUCUAUAGUUAUGCACGAGUCUCCUCGAGGUAGGGUUCUGGAUUUGCUUGAUGAUAAAAUUGGGGAGGCUUCUCAGGUACACACUGUUCCUGCAAGACUCUCUAGUAGCAGCCAUAUAUGGGGAUCUGAGCUCCCUUCUAUGUCGAUGGGUCAAAGUCAAAUAGCAGAAAAGAAUUAUCUUCAGCUUUUCCCAGAAGACAGAGUGAAUGAGACAUUUCCAUUAAGAACUCCGUUACAAGAAACAUCUUUUAUGCAUCCGAAUAAUAGACUUCCAGAGCUGACAUCAUCAAACUGGAUGAAUCUCCACUUCCGCAGCUCAAAAAGCUCUACACCCUCUAGCAGUCUAUUUCCUUGGCCAAACUUUGAUACUAAAACGAGAGAGCAAUUUCAAGACAUGACAUCAUCAAAUUACCCUUCUGACCCGAUAUCCCUAAUGAGACAUAAGAUGAUGCUCGACAAUAUUAUAAGCAAAGCAAGGGCAAUGAAUGGUAACAAGGGUAGUUUUGUGGAAACUUUUGACUCUCCAAAUCCAUGGUCUGAGGAGGAACUUGACUUUCUCUGGAUUGGUGUAAGGAGACACGGGAAGGGUAAUUGGGAUGCCAUUUUAAGGGAUCCCCGGCUGCAUUUCACAUCCUGGAGGUCACCAAGGGAGUUAGCUGAGCAGUGGGCGGCAGAACAGUCGAAGCUUUUUAAUCCCGGACCAUAUCUUCACACAAGAGGAUUUAGACCUACAAAGAAAUGCAAACCUAAUCCCGUUGAUGAAAUGCAAUUCUCCCUAGGAUCUAGAGAAAGGUCAACCUUUGACCCAUUGUUGGUCAACAGGCCUGUAGAGAAUAAUCUAUCUACAAAGGGGAACUUACCUCACUGGCUUCAAGAAUUAACUAGCAUCCCUCCAAGACCUGUUGAACAAGGUACCAUUCCUUCAGUUUCAUACACGGGUCGUUCGGGAUUGAUGCAGUGGAUUAAUCAACCCUUUUCUGGUACCAAUAAAUCCAUGGGAGCGAUGAAUAUAAUAGCACCUGAGGUACAGUCAUCCAGUGCAACCCGUUUGCCCGACCCUUUAAGGCAACCUGUUGUAACCCAGCCUAUUAAUAAACUGGAUGAAGUAAUUGUAAUCGACAGUGAUGCAUCAUCCGAGGAGACUGUAUCAGAUGAUCGUAGUGUUAAGAGUUAGCUGCAGGUUUGAUUCAUGUAUUACUAAUAUUCAUGGAUAUUGUAGGUAUGUUUUAAGUCGUGUACAGGUAUAAUGUUGUUAAUGGAUUGUUGUUAUGGACAUGCGAUUGGUGACUUGCGGAGCUGUUAAAAAAUGUCUGGAAACAGGAAUUCAAGAUAUUAGAACAUCAACACCAUCACUUGUUCACAGCUAGAGAAGAGUAAAUUGCACCGGUGUAUUUUUAGUCUUUUUUUUUGUUUUUUUGUUUUUAUAGCCUAGCACUUUUUCAAUGUUAGUGUUAUGGCUUGUCUUGCCAGUUUGUAAGGAAAUAAGGAUAUGAUAAAUGGUCCUUAAUGUGCUAAAUGAACGAAUAAUAUAACCUGUUAUCGUUAGUAAAAUGUUUUAUAUUACUUUUUUUAUGAA